CGGACGUCGUGGCUAGACUCAUCGGGGCGGUGGAUCAUCGCGAUGAUGAGCGCGGCGCCGAGGCGACUCCCGGCACGCCCCCGCUCCACCCGGCGCUCGAGGCGCUCGUCACCGACGCAAACGAGGAGGAAUUCCUGGCUGAGCUUGCGCGCUGGCCGACGGAGUUGGAGGCGGCGGAGGCGGCGGAUACGGCGGAAGAUGGAGGAAUGGAUGAGGUGAUUUCGGGAACUAACGGCUCGCCGAGCCCGAGGGGCGAGCGGGCAUUCGACUCGUUCGUUUCCCGCCGGCCGGCUGGCGAAGACGAGAGUUGGACGGUGAUCCACCGCGGGAGCACGGGAAACGGCACGACGUAUCGGAUGCUCCGCCGGAAUGGAGCGGCGCCGGGGACUGCGGACAGCGACGGUCGCGGGGGUCUCACGCAGUUCAGGCUCGAGGCUGUCAUGGAGGGAGUCACCGCGGAGCAGCUCGCGCGCGCACAGAUGAGCGACACGAUCCGCGGCGAGUGGGACUCGACGCUGAUCUUCGCCAAACGCCUCGCCGCGACGAACCCGGGCCCCGAUUCUCCCGGAAACGGAUGCGAGCUGGCAUUUUGGCGCAUGAAAUUCCCAAUGCCACUCUCCCCUCGCGACUAUCUCUUCGUCCGACGCAGAUGGGAGAGAGACGGCGCGUUCUAUGGAGUCACACGCGAUGCCACGGGCGGGGCUGGGGGCGCCGCCGAUGCACUCGCCGCGUGCGUCGACGGGGCUGGAGGCGGGAGUUUCCGCGUGCGCCGCAUAUUCUCCGGGCAGCGCAUCAAGAACGUGACCCGGUCGACGUUCGAUCGUUUCUCGUCACAUUCGGAUGGUUUCGACUCGGCGUCGCCGCCUCCGUCUCCCACUUCGUCCACGCACUCGAGCUCCAAUCCAACCGCGAGCAACUUUGGCAGACGACGCUCAACCGCCGCCGAGCUGGUGUCGGUGUACCACGAGGAUAGCGGCGUUCCCGCCGCUGUGAUCUCGCUCGGUGCUUGUAAGGGUCUGCUGCCUUACUUCCGAAACCUCGAGGCGGCUGCACGCGGGCCCCUCGGUACGGGCGAAGCGACUCGACUGACUCUUGAGCCUGGGCGCGGGGAUGUGCGAACCUCUCGGUGGCGGGCGCUCGGUACGAAGAUCGGUGUCUCGACGGGAAAGGGCAGUCAGUUGCGGGGAGUUUUCGGUCGAAUCCGCAGCGGCACUCUCGAGAAGGAGGAGAUGUGGGGCGGGUGCACCGGUGAGAACGCGGUCAAGGUGGGCCGCAACGGGCUGGCGCGCCACCGACGCAGCACGCUCUCCAAAUUGAAGAGCGGCCUCCACAAAACCAUCCACCGGACGCCGCACCGGCAUGAGCACGUCCACGCCGAGGGGCGAAGGCGACGGUUCAUCGUUAAGUUCGCGGGUUUUCUCGCCAUGAUGGCGCACGCCAAGAAGAGGAGCCGAGCCGUCUAGCUCUAUUGUGCGAGAUAUUCCUUCCCA